AAAGACAUGAACCGCACACAGCAUGACUUUUUAUUAGAAGGAUUUUUGAAUCUUAACAAUUUGAGGAUAUUGCUCUUUUUCUGCUUCCUUCCUACGUUCCUCCUUACUCUGGCUGGGAAUAUGCUAGUUAUUCUGCUAGUGCAAUGGCACACUCGUCUUCACACCCCAAUGUACUUUUUUGUCACAAACCUUUCUUUCUUGGAGAUUUGGUACACAAUGACUACAGCCCCCAAGCUUUUGGCUCUUUUACUAACCAAAGACAACAGAAUUUCCUAUGAGUGGUGCUUUGCUCAGCUCUAUAUGUUCCAUGGCUUAGGCAUGACGGAGUGUGCUCUACUGGCUGUAAUGGCGUUUGAUCGUUGCAUGGCAAUAUGUAACCCUCUGAGAUACACCACUAUCAUGAAUGAAAGAAUGUGUAGAGCACUGGCCGUCAUCUGCUGGACAUUUGGGUUCUUGGCAUCAGUUAUCCCUACAACAUUGACUCAAAAAGUUCCUCUAUGUGGGCUAUAUUAUAUUGACCAUUAUUUUUGUGACCUAGCACCUCUUCUGGCCUUGGCUUGUACAGACACUUCAUUUACUUCUGCCAUGAACAGUAGUGUAAUUGGAUUUGCCACUAUGUUUAACCUUGUGUUCAUCAUAAUAAUGUAUAUAAAUAUUAUAUGGGCUAUUAUGAAGUUAAAGUCCAACACAGGGAGAAUGAGGGCCUUCUCCACUUGUUCUUCUCAUCUAAUUGUUGUAGUGAUGUUUUAUAGUGCUGCUUUUACUGUUUAUGCCACCCCAAAAGGAUCAUGGCCUACUAGCUAUGACAAGCUAAUUGCUAUUGUUUAUACUAUUGUUACCCCAUUGUUAAAUCCUAUAAUUUACACUUUACGGAAUAAUGAAGUAAAGAUAGCUUUAAAAGAAACAAUACAAAGUAAAUUGGAGACACUGAAAUUGCAUUGA